UCUAAAAAUAAUGUCUCGAUAUUUUUCGACAUUGAGGACAAAACUUGUUGCUUUCAUUAAGUGGUUCUUCCGUCAUAUAAUCUCAUAGCUGUCAUUUGACGACACAUACAUUUAAAGCAUAGCUGCAUGCAUUAAAGUUGAAUUUACUUAACGGCAUGAACGCAUCAUCUAUGUGUGGAAAAAGGUCCGGUCAGUGGGAAGGCUCUUCGUGUCCCCUUUUUGUUUACAAUGUGCAACGAAGACUUUCACACCGGCUCGUGCGCUGCUUCCAACAACUUCAGGAUGCAGACCCUUAGGAACCUGCUCAUACUCUCCUCUCUGUGCCAUUUUAUAUCUGGAUACUCUGUCAAACAUAGAGUACAAGACUUGAUGUCCAGAUAUCCUCUCAUUGAUGGUCAUAAUGACCUUCCACUCAAGCUGAGGAUACUUCACAAUAAUGGCCUAAACCACAUUGACCUUCAUAAUCUCAGCAAAGUGGCCACAGACAUCACACGUCUCCAGACAGGCCAUGUGCAGGCUCAGAUGUUUUCAGUCUAUGUAAUGUGUGGGGCCCAGAACAAGGACGCUGUGAGGCUGACGCUGGAACAAAUAGAUGUGGUCAGACGCAUGUGCACGGAGUACCAUGAAUUUGAGCUGGUCACAUCUGCCCAUGCGCUGAGAAUUGCUGAGAUGAGGCAUAAGAUAGCGUGUCUGAUAAGUAUCGAGGGGGGGCACUCCAUUGACAGCAGCCUGCCAGCCCUGCGGAUGUUUUACCAGCUCGGGGUCCGCUCCAUGGCUCUGACACACACCUGCAAUACUCCUUGGGCUGAGUCGUCCUCACAACUUCAUGAUCUGUAUCAGAGGCAACAUAACAGUCUGACGCACUUUGGAAAGGCGGUGGUGGCGGAGAUGAACCGUCUGGGAAUGAUAGUGGACCUUUCCCACACCUCCUGGGACACAGCCCAGGCUGUGCUCCACCAUUCGAGGGCCCCCGUUAUCUUCAGCCAUUCGUCCUCCUACGCCCUCUGUAACCACAGCCGCAACGUGCCUGACUGGCUGCUGCAUGAGCUGAAAAAGAACCAGGGGUUGAUCAUGGUGAAUCUCUACAGCAAAUUCAUUUCCUGCAGCGGCGAGGCCAGCAUUUCCGACGUGGCUGACCACUUUGAUCACAUUAAGAAGGUGAUAGGAGCGGGCUCAAUAGGAAUCGGGGGAGACUAUGAAGGUGUAGCGAGUUUCCCUCGGGGGCUGGAGGAUGUGUCAAAGUACCCAGCCCUGAUCCAGGAACUCCUACAGAGGAACUGGACUGAGCAGGAGUUGGCCGAUGUCCUCAGAAGGAACUUCCUGCGAGUGUUUGAAGAAGUGGAAAGGGUUCGGGAUGAAUUGAGUUCACAGCAGCCCAGCGAGGUCCACAUUCCUUUAGAAGAGGUGCAGAACCCCUGCAGGCUCGUUCUCAGACCUCCUGACUUCAUACCUGCUUUCAAGGUUGUCUCCUCUUCAGCUCCACACAGGCCACAGGCUUUGGUAAUCGCGGCCAUAGUCCUGCUGUUGUGCAGCCCAAUAAUGAUUGGUUGAAUAUUUAGGACACAAGGUCACCUGCAGUUUAAAGUGCCUCAUUUUAUGUUACAAAGAGAGAGAGACAGAGGGGUGUAUGGCUGUAGAGCAAGGCAGCUCUGAAAAGGCCAGUGAGGAUGCCAAAAAUGAAAUGCACAGUACAGCAGCCCUCAGUUAUUAGCUCUUAGGUUUUUGCCCCUGUAGUGACACCGCCUUUGAGAAAUUCAGGAAAAUUAUGAGAAACCAUAAGACGACAAGGUUGGGUUAAAUGUACAGAUUUGUAUUAUACGUUUUUUACAUUUAUAACACUUGGGAAUGAGGUUUAUAUCGAGAUGUUUUUUUUUUAAUUUUAUUAGCAAUACUUUGUAUUUUGGUGUGAGAAUACUGAUAAACAGAGAACUGUUCACCAAAACCUUCUUUAAUUCAUCUCAAUGCAUCUCAUUUUAAGGAACUUUCACCACAUGCAUCAUCUUUUUAUGCAACAGCGUCGUUGCUUUCAACAUAAAGUUCUUUUUCCAAGAGUGUAUUGUGCCCACACACCUAAAAAGGGUGUCUUCAAUAAAGAUCUGUGAAACUGAAGCAAGGA